UUAACUGAACACACGGCCUCGUAAAUGUAAAUAAACAUGAACUAAAAAAAUCUAAUAAUACAUUUUUAUUUCAUUCUAAGUCUAUUCGCAAUCCUUUAUGAGAUUCUUUAAAGAUGUCUGAAACUCCAACAAUCCCGGCAGCUUCAUCAGCAGCCGAAAAAGAUUCCAAAUAUAAAAUGCAAGCGACAGCUUUCCUUGGACUGGUUGGCGGUGUGUCUGCUAUAUUUGGAUUUUCUAAAACACUCGGUAAAGCAAAAGAAUCACAAAGUAAAUUGGUUGAAAAAAGUGGACGUGAGGCGGCUGUACUACUCGAAGAAGGUUCUGCUUUGGCAUUGCGUGCGUUGGGCUGGGGCACUUUAUAUGCUGUACUUGGAACGGGUAUUUUCUGUUAUGGCGUUUGGAAAAUAUCUGGAGCAAGAAAUAUGGAAGAAUUCCGUAUGAAAAUGGGAAGUGGUCUACCGAGAAUCACGAGAGAUACCCCACCUACCACUCGUACUGACUUUGAAUCACUCACUGACCUUAUGAAGUAUCUUGCUUCAGGAUGUAGGGAGUAGUUGACAAUACUUAAUUAUUAAAUGUACCAUUUUAGAUAUAAAAAUUAACAAAUAUGUGGUCAUCACAAAUAUAAUGUAAAAUGAGAAAUACA